AUGUUGGUUGCGAUGGCGAUCAUUUUUGCCCUACUCGCUACUGUAACAAAAGCCGUCUGUCUAUUUUAUCCAUUUCUAUUCGUAAUUAUUUUCGAAUUCUCAAAGCAUGUAAUAAUCUUCUUUCUCGUUGCACUCAAACUCACCUAUCCUGAGAAAUAUGUGGCAAUAAUUCAUAUACAAGGCCUCACUAGACUACGGAAGUUAACAAAAGGCAACCGCUCAGAGGAUGAGCUUUACUAUAUAUGGUGUGGAUUUUGUGUAGUUUAUUUUGUACUAGUUGCACUAACCAUAGUUCGAAAUAUAAUGGACUAUCAAUUGAGAGAACGCUUAAGGCGUCAGCAUCAGAACGCCUAUCAACCGCACAUCCUGCCGCCCGUCCAUCGGCGAAGAUUAGUGCUUCCAAGGGAUCAAGAAGUUGGAAAUUUGAACCACGACGAUCCACCACCAUACUCGUCUGCCAUAAGACCCGGGAGCAUACUCGAAACAGCAAAAGAAGAAACAGAUCCUCCUCGAUACUCGCAACUUGAACUUCCAGUUGAUCGCACAGUAAGCUCACAAUCGUGUCUCAGUGAAAAAUCUGCUGAAGAGACUGAGACAGCACCAUUCAACAGUACGAGAACUUCUCCACGUAACAAACGAAGUUAA